GGUGGCCGUCGCCCGAGAUUGCAUCAGCACGGGGCAGGUUCCAUUCCCUCUUCCAUCACCGCUGCCUUGGAGUCUCUUCUGCACUCUCUUUCUGCCUUCUCGGUUCUGCCCCAGGUCCACCAGUCCCGUGUCCAGAGUCGUGCCUGUCGAUCGUGGCUUGUCUCUGGUUCUGCCACUUUGCCCUCCUACGACGUCGCUUUCUCAUCCUUGCGAGGCAUAGUACAGUUUUUCGGCGCUUCUUUUGCUGCGAUCCUACCACCACCACCUCACCCUCGUUUACCUAGAGACUCUCCUACUUUCUUUACUACCCAAAGCUGAAUCCUCCUUUAUAUCAGCCUCAUCUCGCCCUAGCCUCAUCCUAGAUCCUAUUUCUCCCGGCUACUUCUUCCUUCUUUACAACCUUCUAUUCUCGGUUUAUGUCUGUUUAAUCCAAAUCAGCAAUGACCCAAUUUCGGAAAGCAUUCAUGGCCGCCGUUGUCAAGAGCCUGCUGCGAGGCAAGACUCUGAUACAGGCCAUCCUGUCCUACUGGUUGUCGGGAAACAAGAAGAGCAAAGAAACCGGCACACAGAAGAAGUCUCUCCAGCAGUUCCUAAAGGAUGCCGAGGCCGCCCUUGUCGGCCCCAUCAGCGGCGAUGGCCUGCAAGAGCUGUCCGUCAAGUUAAAACAGCAGAUUCUCGACGCACUCCAGGCAGAUGUGCAGUGCAUGCUUCCCUCAUACAGCCACCAGUUGCCAGUGGGCUCCGAAUAUGGGCAGUUUUUGGCCCUGGAUGUGGGAGGAUCGACACUGCGGGUUGCCCUGGUCGAAUUACGAGGACGGGAAAAGGGUUCUGAAAAUGCCACCGAGAUUGUGAGCAUGCAAAAUUACCGCAUCACCAAGGAGGUCAAGGAUUUGGAGGGAAUCGCCUUUUUUGAGUGGAUGGCUGCGCGUAUUACAGAGACGAUCCAAACCACCCUCAAUAGAGAGCACAGUGUCGAAAAGCCGCUGCCGGUUUCGAUGGCAUGGAGCUUUCCUAUCGAUCAAACUUCCCUAGGUGGUGGCAAGCUUUCGCCUAUGGGCAAAGGCUUUUUGGCCGAUAUUGGUCUUGUUGGACAAGAUUUGGGAGACAUCGUUAAGACCGCAUGCAAAAACCAGAACCUCAACGUCGAGCUCAAAGCGAUUCUCAACGACUCGAGUGCCUGUCUCCUAUCCCGAGCUUACUCCCAUUCUUCAACCAGAUUUGGCCUCAUUUUGGGUACCGGUGUCAACAUCGCCGCCUACUUGCCCGUCUCAGCCAUCAGCCGAUCAAAAUUCGGCGAGAGACCAGCGGGCUGGUUCGAUGAAGCAUCUCACGUCAUCGUCAACACGGAGCUCGGCAUGUUUGGGUCCAAAAUCCUGCCCUUGACUCGAUGGGACCGCCAGCUCAGUAAGGAGCAUCCUAGACCCGACUUCCAGCCCUUGGAGUACAUGACCAGCGGCAUGUAUCUCGGCGAGAUUGUCCGCUUGAUCUUAGUGGAUGCUAUCCAGACAACUGGCCUCAUGGGUGGCGUCGUUCCUCCCUCCCUGACUGAGCUAUAUUCUUUGGGCACCGAAACCAUCUCAACGAUCGAGGGUGACACCACUGCCGACCUAUCAGAGGCUAUCAGCUGCUUCUCUGAGAAGCAUCCUUCAUCCCACGCUCCUAGCGUCAUUGAUAUGAGCGCCAUCAAGGCAAUUGCAUCUUUCGUUUCAGUACGAUCAAGCGCACUGAUCGCUUCCGCUGUCUAUGCUCUUUGGGAUAUUCGUCAAGAGGGCGACCAAAAGCUGCUCACUACCCUCCCCGAAUCCUCUCCUCUUCGAAUCACGGUUGAAGAGGACCUUAACAUGGAGAAGACUACCGUUGCAUUCAAUGGCAGUGUCAUCGAGCAGUACCCUGGAUACUUGGCUAGUUGCCAACGAUACAUCAGCGAGCUGCUGGAAAGCAAGCCAUCUGGCGAAAACAAGUCCAUUGAGCUUGUCUCUGCCAAGGAGAGCUCAUUGACAGGAGCUGCUGUGGCCCUGGCUUGUUUGGACUCAUAGGAGGGAUGAAAGCAAACCAGC